CGGCUCUGACGCGGACGAUCACGCGCGGCGCGCAAAACGCUCAAAUUUCGUUCACGAGAGCCUCGACCUUGCUUGUCGUCAUGGGUCUACGGACAGCCUUGGAAAAGCGCAAGAAUGUGCAAAAGACGAGCAAGACAAAGGGCAAGCAUGUCAAGUCGGCAGAAGAGCCUGUCGUCGAGCCAAAGUCGAUAUUGAAAAAGCCAAAAGUCAAGCAGAGUGUCCUUGCUGCGCUGGCGGAGGACGGUGUAGAUAGGCCUGCGUCGAUCAAGAAGGGCAAAGGCAAGGCGGUCGUGAGCAGCUCAGUCUCGGCAGAAGCGCCAACUGUUACAUUCGACACUGCGCCUGCAAAAGAGUCUGCAAAGGAUCCCAACGAUUUCGUAGCACUAGGCCUGCCGACUUCAGAUGAUGAAGACAGCUCAGAUGAUGACAGACAAGCUGAUGAUGAGGCGAUACGCAAAGCCAAAUCGGAGCUCUCCCAAGGUCUGGCAGACUCGAUGCCUAAACUCAACAAGAGCGACGAAGCAGUCAGACAACGACUCGACAAGGCAAAGAAGGAUCCCAACCAGAAGCCAGGUGUCAUCUAUCUCGGACGUCUGCCUCGUGCUUUUGCAGAGAAGGAGAUGCGGUCCUACUUUGGUCAAUUCGGCGAAGUAACGCGUUUGCGACUCGCUCGCUCUACCAAGACGGGCGGCUCAAAGCACUAUGGCUACAUUGAAUUCGCGCACGAAUCUGUAGCGGAGAUUGUCGCAGAAACGAUGAAUAACUAUUUGCUCGCCGGUCAUCUGCUUCAAUGCAAGGUCGUACCGCCCGCAGAAGUGCACCCUCGACUCUGGAUAGGAGCGAACAAAAAGUCUGGUCUCAUCUCGCCUGGCUUUGCUGCUCGCACUGCGCACAAUGCGCCCAAGGAUGAAGCGAAGAAGGCCAAGAUUGCCCAGCGACUGUUGUCAAGAGAAGCCAAAAAAAGAGCCAAGCUGACUCAGCAGGGAAUAGAAUACGACUUUGAGGGCUAUGCGGCGUCCAAGCGCAAGCGCGCCGCACCGGCAUCGGAGGAGCCUGUGCUCAAGAAAGCUAACAAGCGAGCAAAGACGACCAAAGCUACCCUCAUCUCCGCCUGAUCAUGUUGUGAAAUCUCUCUUGCAUAUGUUACAAUAGUGCUA